AAAACCCAGUCACUGUGAUGGCACAGCUCAAGAAGGAGCCAGCGUGUCCUGCUAAAAUUGCAAACACUUACACAGCAAAACUGUGAAAAGAUUACAAUUUCUGGAUAAAAAGUAACCAACAUUCCGUACAUCUGUUUAGGGACAAUAUACUACUAAGAAAUAAAAUGAAAAAAAAAAAGAGCGUAAAGAAGUGGUUCUAAUUAUAUUUUCCUCCUGGGGGAAGUUUCAUACGCCCUCUGACAACUGAGAAUUUAAAGUAAUUUAAACUUCAAUAAUUUAUUCUUCAAUAACAAAUUAACUUCAAUAAUUCAUGUCUACUCGUAGAAAAUUGCUCAGAGAUGUUUUGGUUUGGUCCAGGGCCAUGAGGCAUUUUUUCAUGCCAGUUAACAAAACAGAGCAAUGAAAUGAAAGAAUGUUUGAACUCCUGUCAAUGCUGACCCAGGACAGAGGCUGGACAUGUUCUUCCUGCCACAGGUGGCCCCUCCCCUGUGAUGGCCCCUGAAGGCCUCCUCCAAUCUCCUUUCUGUUUCCACUCUCUAUAUGAAUAUGCAUGAGCCCCUGACAGCCCUGGGACCUUGCAUCGUCUAGCAGGAAAGCUGGAGUGGACUUAGCUGCCUUGUUUUGACGGGGGCUCCCUCUAGCCAACAAAUCCAGAGGAAAGGACUCCAACGUUCACCCUUUCCUGCUCCUGGGAAGAUCAUGGCUGGGUUUGCAGGCAUUAACGGGUCUUUUCUGGUGGUGAUCCUGCAGCUUGUUCUCCUUUGCUUCUCUCAAAGGAAUCAAGGGCCCCCUGGCCCACCUGGACCCCCAGGAGUCCCAGGAGUCGAUGGCAUAGCUGGUGAACGGGGGUUAGAUGGCCAGGACGGUUUUCCUGGCCCUGACGGGGAUGCAGGUAAACCCGGUUCUUCAGGAUUACCCGGAAUUCCUGGAAAUAAUGGUUUGGCCGGCCCUGUUGGAGACCCUGGGCCUGAUGGUCCCCCGGGACAGAAAGGUGAACCUGGAAAGUCCGGACCUCGUGGAGCUGCUGGUGUCGGGCCUGAUGGAUCCCCUGGACCACCUGGGCCUGGAGGACUUCUGGGUGAAUUGGGAAAAGUUGGACCUCCUGGAGCAAUGGGUGUGAGAGGGCCACAAGGACCCCGUGGACCAUCAGGGCCCAGAGGUGCAGCUGGGAUGCUUGGUACUUCCGACCUGUGUCCAAACUCUUGUCCACCUGGUACCCCAGGGCAUCCUGGUCUACCUGGUAUGAAGGGUCACAAAGGUGCGAAAGGUGAAGCAGGAGAACCUGGGAAACAGGGACACAAGGGUGAGGAAGGAGACCAGGGAGGUCCAGGAGAUGUUGGAUCUCAGGGUCCAACGGGACCACAGGGAAUACGUGGAGCCACGGGAAUGAUGGGCCCCAAGGGAGAGAUAGGAGCUCGAGGUCCUGAUGGAGAUUCAGGUCCACAGGGAGUUGCGGGGGCCACUGGAGACAGGGGUCAAAGAGGAGUAAUGGGGGAACCUGGGAUUAAAGGUGAAAUGGGUGUUUUAGGGCCACGGGGGAUCACAGGGCUUCCAGGUCCAAAAGGAGAAGCUGGAUUACCCGGUGUUGAAGGCCGUGAUGGCAUUCCUGGGUUGCCGGGUGCAAAGGGAAACAUCGGCAAGCCAGGAGUUCCUGGAGAGAUUGGACUUCAGGGGCUUCCUGGUUUGCCUGGAACACCUGGACCAAAAGGCUUGAGUGGCCCAAAGGGAGAUUCUGGGAAGCCUGGGUUUCCUGGGACAUUGGGAUCUGCUGGAAAACAAGGUGAAAGGGGAGAACAGGGAGAAGUGGGACCCAUCGGACCCAUCGGGGAGCCUGGAGAUCCUGGAGAGCAAGGUCCUGUAGGUCCAGCUGGCAAGCCAGGUGCAAGGGGACCAAAAGGUGACCCUGGUCUUCCUGGUCUCCCAGGGCCCCCAGGCCUGCCUGGAGUGAAGGGAGAAAAGGGUGAGCGUGGAGAAGCAGGACCCAAAGGAGAACAAGGGGCUCAAGGUGAUGAGGGAAAUCCUGGAGAGAGAGGGGAACUUGGAGAUGCUGGGGAAUCUGGAUCAAAAGGAGAGGCUGGUAUUUCUGGUGAACCUGGCAAAAGGGGUCCUGAGGGAAGCCGAGGCCAGCCUGGCAUCGAGGGCCCUCCUGGCACACCUGGACCACAAGGCAUGCAGGGGAACAGAGGUCCACGUGGGGUCCGGGGGUCUCAGGGGCCUGCGGGCAAGGAGCCAAGCGAUCAGCACAUCAAGCAAGUCUGCAUGCGAGUUAUGCAAGAGCAGCUGGCUCAGUUAGCUGCUAGUCUAAGGAGGCCAGAGUCUGGCAUUGCAGGUUUACCAGGAAAACCUGGCCCUCCUGGGCCUCCAGGACCCUCAGGAGACAACGGUUUUCCAGGGCAAGCUGGAGCAAGGGGCCUUCCAGGACUCAAAGGACCACCAGGGGCAAUGGGAAAUAAAGGUCCCAAAGGUGACAUGGGAGAUAGAGGUUCCAGAGGGCCCACUGUACGAGGACCUAAAGGCCAGUCAGGACCUCCUGGGCUUCCAGGAGAGCCAGGGAAACCUGGGUAUGGUCAAGAUGGUCAGGAUGGGCAGAGGGGACCUCCUGGCGUGCCAGGACAGCCUGGCGUGCCUGGUCCUCCUGGUCCAGCUGGCCUGAACGGCUAUUGUGACCCGUCAGCCUGCAACCUCCAGGCAGGGGCUGUCCAGCAGUCUCUGGAUGUGAAGGGACCUACAGGGAACUAAGAGCCACUCUGGCAGAGACACAAAGACUGCUGGAUAAUCUCCCCGAGCACACAGCAUUUGUCACGCUCUCCUCCCAGGGGCCGUCGUCGCCAUGGUGUCUUUGAUACAUUAACCUCUUUGUGUGAGCAUGUUUCCUGCCAACAACCAUCUCCAUCAAAAGGAGUCAUCAUCUUUGAUUUGUGAAAAAAAGGGCUUAUUUCAUUGUGCUUUUCUGGAUGAGAGGUGUUUAAAUAAGCCCAGAACUGGGCUCACAUCUCUAAAUGAAAUGAUCAAAAAAUACAUAUUGCUUAUUCCAUUUUCCUUU